CAUGUUUAUUCAUUACUCAUAUAGCCUGGAUUGAACAAGUUUACUCCGGAGAGGAACGCUUGAUUUAAAGGCCUUUCACUUCUGAAGAUCUAAAAAUUAAUCGAUAACAGCGAGCACUAACCCGUAACCAUUGCAGAUAGAAAAUCCGGCCAUCUUGUUUACAUUGGUGACAGCGUUCUAGAGUUUUGUGCUUGCGUGCAGUUUCGUUUAUUGAGCAUUUAAAGGUAAUAACUAGUGUAGUGCAGUUACAUUUAUCGUAUUACAUUAAAGUCCUACCUCUAAAAUCAAGCCAUGGCUUCUGCAGGAGACGAUUAUGAUAUUGAUGAAUUGACGAAGAAACUGAAAAGUUUCGCCUUGACGCAGACCAAGAAGGAUGAUAAGAUGGAUAGCAAAACUUGCGGGAAAAUGGCAAAGGAAUGCUGGCCUAAGACGCUACAGACUAGGAUAGAUUCCAGCGUCUUCCCCAAAGUCAUGAACAAAACAACCAAGUCUAUUGACCUUAACAAUAAAGAACAGAUUAAACAAUUCAUCUCGGAGGCCGCUAUUCAGUAUGAUGACGUCACCAAGAAAACUAAAGAAUUCAAAAAACACGAGAAAUUCUUGGCAGAAAAAAUCAUCAAAGGAGACACAGGAAUCAAAAAAGCGGCAACCUCGUCUACGGGAGGAGUAGAUAGAAUGACCGACACCUCUAAGUACACAGGGGCACACAAGGAAAGAUUUGAUGAGUCUGGGAAGGGUAAGGGGGCGUCAGGACGGGUUGACAGGGCGGAUAACUCUGGAUACGUCGGUAACUACAAAGGGGAGGGAACGUAUGACAAGAAGAAGUGAUUUGUGAGAAAAGGUUUACCUUCACCGCUGGAAGUCCUUAAUUUAUUUUACAUAUACAUAUAGAUGGAUAUUAUUCUUUGUGUAACUUCGUGUGUUUGUUGGUAGUUUCCCAUACGCCUCCACAACCCGAUAUAAAGUUUUAGACAAAUUAUACUGUUAUUAUUUUCAUAUAAUGCAGCAUUGAUUUUUUUUCCUUUACAAAAACAGUCGUGUAUUAUUUGAAUGAAUUUUAACAAUUCAUAGUUAUAAUUAAAACCAGAAAUAUAUAAUUUUCAGUGCAAUAGCAAAACUUGUGUUUGAACUUAAAUGUCGUAAUUUCAUUUUGUGAUUUAUUUAACAAGCCAAUGCGUUAAAACACGUUUUUAUGCCCAAAUAAGUUUAUUUCACCACAUCUUCCAGAAUAUCUUGUUUACGUGUAAUAGUUAUAUAUACUUUCUGUUAUUUAAAUAUCUGCAAUAUAUGUCAUUGUUCUUGUUUUGUCAAGUACGUCUUUAAACUGCUGUAUUAUAGGAGGGCUCUGUAAGUUCAUGUUUACAUUUUAUGCACUUGAGUAAAUCGAUAAUGCAAAUCUU